GAGACUCGGGAAGCCAAGAUGAGCGCCCUACUCAUGGCAGCGGGGUUGCUGUUCCUGGGGAUGCUUCAAGCCUUCCCAACGGAUCGACCACUAAAGACCACCUGUGCCAGAGACCUCAGCUACUACCCGGGGGAGGCUGCCAGGAACAACUGUUACCAGUGCCCCUCAGGGUUGUCUCCAACACAGCCAUGCCCACAGGGUCCCGCCCACUGCAGGAAGCAGUGCGCUCCUGACUACUACAUCAAUGAAGAUGGGAAGUGCACUGCCUGCGUGACCUGUUUGCCAGGUCUUGUGGAGAAGGCUCCAUGUUCUGGGACCUCUCCUCGGAUCUGUGAAUGUCAGCCUGGUAUGUACUGCUGCACGCCAGCGGUCAAUUCCUGUGCCCGCUGCAAACUCCGCUGUUCUGAAGAAGAGGUGGUCAAGUUUCCAGGCACAGCAGAGAAGGAAACUAUCUGUGAGCUGCCGUCCCCGGGAUCUGGCCCCAACUGCUCCGAUCCAGAUGGCUGCAAGACACUUGCUAGCCACGCCACUCCUCAGGCCACGCCUACUCUAGAACCCACAGCCAAUGACAGUGUGAGGAGCCUGCUGCCAAAGGGGGUCACCAACCUUGUUCAGGAAGGUGCUGCUAAGCUGGUGAAGGUUCCAGAGUCUUCGUCUUCCAAGGCAAGGAAGCCCAGUCUAGAUCCAGGUGAUACAGAGAAGAAUAUGACCUUGGAGCUUCCACCUCCAGGAACACUCCCUGACAUCAGCACCUCAGAAAACAUCGGGGAGCCUGCCAGUACCGCCUCCACCCUAAGCCUUUUGGUAGAUACCCAGACCAGCAGCAGGAUGCAGCCCACCUCUCCCUUGUCCACAGGAACACCAUUUCUGGAUCCAGGACCCGUGCUCUUCUGGGUGGCCAUGGUGGUGCUGCUGGUUGGCUCUGGCUCCUUCCUCCUGUGUUACUGGAAGGCCUGCAGGAGGCGAAUCCAGCAGAAGGUUCACCAGGACUACCUAGUGCAGACCUCCCAGCCCAAGACAGAGCAGGCGGAUUCCUGUCCUACUGAAAAGCUAACACAGCUGCAGAGAAGUGGGUCAGUGACAGAUCCCAGCGCUGGACACAAGCUGAGCCCAGUGAGCCCUCCAACUGUUGAGACUUGUGCCAAUGGUGAGGCCGCCUGCCUGGAGAGCCUGCCGCUGCUGGAUGACAGCACAGCUGGGAAUCCUUUUUCUCCCAGGGAACCUCCAGAGCCCCGGGUAUCCACGGAACACACCAAUAACAGGAUUGAGAAAAUCUACAUCAUGAAGGCCGACACAGUGAUUGUGGGCUCUGUCAAAACUGAAAUCCCUGAGGGCCGGGCUCCAGCAGGGUCGACAGAGUCUGAGUUGGAAGCUGAACUAGAAAUGGACCAUGCCCCCCAUUACCCGGAGCAGGAGACAGAACCGCCUCUGGGAAGCUGCACUGAGGUCAUGUUCUCGGUGGAGGAAGGAGGAAAAGAGGACCAUGGGCCCACAACUGUCUCUGAGAAGUGACACCCAGUUUUAGCUGGGGUUAGACAGCAGCUGAGUGUACCCCUGAGAUCAGGUUAGCACCUGGGAAGCUACCACAGCUUGAACUGAAGCCCCAGCAUCCAGGGAAGCCCAGAAUGAAGCCUUCAGCUGCUGCCAAGAGCGCUGGCCCCUGAACCCCAGCAGUGGACACUCACCAUCAGGUUAGUGUCUACUGGGGGAGAAGCCACAGGCUGGUUCCAAGCCUCCUUGACCACACCCCUGUACCCUGUGCCUUCUCUCCUUGGGUCUCGAGCAGUGACUUUACUGAUGUGCUACUAGCCUCCAGCUGUAUACCUGACUCCCCGGAGCAGAACCAGUACCUAUUGCUUCUACUCCAGAGGCAGAGGGAACUUAAAGGACGAACCCAUCAUGACCGACACAAUGGUAGCCUGUACCCAUCACACAGGGAGUGCAAAAUGAGACCUCUCCGGGGUGGCCUCCCUGGUCUGUGGACCCCCUCAGCAGCUGCAGGGACCCCACCCACCCAGUGCUGCUCGAGACUAUGAUUGGCCCAGGAACUUCCGGUCACACGGAGAUGGGAGAACUGUGGUCCUGGAGGUCCUUAACAAUUUGUGCCACUAUCUGUCCCGCCCUGGAAACGAAGAAGCAUUGUCCCUAGGCCACCAGGAUCAGGAGGACACCUAGCUCCCAAAGGAAGCUCUAGCAGGUUGGAGCCUAUCUUCAACAGCACCCUGUUGCUCACAGUGCUUACCCCACACCCACUGUGAGGAGGCAGUGCUAGUGAACACACCUGAAGAUCUGCUUUUUAGUGUUUUGUUUUGUUUUCCUUUUGAGGUACUGAGAAUUGAACCCCUGGCUUUGUGCAUGCCAGGCAAAUGUCACCUGGCUGAUCAACCUCAGUCCAACAUUUCAUACUAAGCGCUAAAGCUGCUGUCACUCCCAGUCUGGCUCACUCCCUGGCACCUGCAUAUUCUUAUACCAAACAAGCAACCAACUGGAUGACACAUCUGCUCUGUGGCAGCCUGGGGACUCAGGACUUACCCUUGGGCCAGGCAGGGAGAAUUCUGUUUACUCACUAGCUGUUUGCUGUGUGGAGGAAGUUGGGACCCAGUCAAGAAUCAGGAGGGGAGUUUCUGAAACCGUCUGAAUCUAUGGGGGAAGUUGGAGCUGCUGAAUACCACCAGAGGCGUUAUGGCCAGAAGGAAUGUGUCGGGGCUGGAUAGUUGCCCAUUUGUCUUGUGCAAGGACACAGUGGAUAUGUGGGCAUACACAGUGACCGCAAAGCCAUGUCAUGAUGACCACAUGGAUGCCAUACUUUUGGAAGAUAUUGCCCAACUUUUUCUUUUUUUAAGAUGGGAUCUUGUUCUGUUUCCUAGGAUAGAUUCAAGCUUGAUAUGUAGCCCAGGCUGACCCUCAACCUGUAACCUUCCUAUCUUAACUUCCCGAGGGAUGACAGACUUGAGCCACACAUUUCAACAAAGUGACAUAUUCCCUUGCAAUGUGGCCCUUCACACAAUUUUUGACCGUCUGGAAAUCCUAAAGGGCCUGUAAAAGAAUGGAUU